AUGGCAACUAACAUACCAUCGUGGGCACAAAAUGCCAUUGUACACGGUUCAAAUGAUUCAUUUCUAUUACUUGAUAUCUUUCCAAAAGAGGUAGUUGAUGAUUUAUUUUAUAAACUGCACGAUGAAGUCAAAUGGAAUACAAUGCGACAAAAAGGUAAACGUGUACCACGCGAAAUCUGUAUUCAAGGUACAAUAACCAUUGAACACAACGAUGAAUAUGAACCCCUCUAUCGACAUCCAGCCGACGAACAACCUGAACUUGUGUCAUGGACACCAACCGCAUGGACAAUAAAAGAACGAAUUGAAGAAAUUCUUCAGCAAAAUAUAAAUCAUGCAUUAAUACAAUACUAUAGAAAUGGAAAAGAUAAUAUUGGUGAACAUUCCGAUAAAACAUUAGAUAUUUUACUUAACUCAAAUAUUGUUAAUUAUAGUUUAGGUGCUGCUCGUAAAAUGACUUUAAUAAAUAAACGACAAUAUGGUAUUCGAGAAGAGUUUAAAUUACCGCAUAAUUCUCUAUUUAUUCUGGGCUGGCGAACCAAUCGUGAAUGGUACCAUUCGAUUCGUCCAGAUAAACGACCUAAUUCGGAAAAAGAUCCCGAUGAACUUGCUUUCUAUGGUGAACGUAUUUCAUUGACAUUACGAAGUGUAGCAACAUUUAUAAAUCGCAACACCGGUCUUAUCUAUGGACAAGGUGCACGAUAUAAAACAAUUAGUGAACAAACAGAAGAUUCUGCUGAUCGAUAUGAAAACGAUGAAAUGGAUAUGUUAUAUGCGUUUAGUGCUGAAAAUCGGCAAUCAUCGAAUUUUGAUUGGAAUGCAAAUUAUGGCCGUGGAUUUAACGCAUUGAAUUUUAAAGUUCUUAAUUCACAUCAUGGCAAAGGAAGAAAAUGA